UAUGCUGAUAACGUGGAGUUUAUGUGGCGACUGGCUCGCGCCUACAGCGACAUGUGUGAGACGGCGGACAACAGAGAAGAAAAGAGAAACUACGCUGAGCAAGGUCAUUAUGAGGCAGAGGCAGCGCUGACGAGGAAUGAACUGAGCGCUGAUUGUCACAAGUGGUUUGCCAUCCUCGCGCGCGCGUCUUCACAGUACGAGAGCAUUCACGGAAAACUGAAAAGCGGUCGCGUACUGAAGGAGCAUUUGGACCGAGCUUUGGCUCUACGUGAUGAUGAUCCCAUCUGUUUCUAUCUGCUCGGCCGCUGGUGUUUAGAGGUCAGAUCCGGCUGCUACAACAAAGCCAACAGUCUCUGUAAUAAUUCAUAGAGCUUGCUAAUCCUACCUGGACAAAAAGUCAAGAGGAUUUUAGAUUAUUGCAGAAAAUAGGCUCUGUUACUAGCAAAAGAGUUUUGUUCAUCAAGAUAAUCUUCACAACUGAACACCACUUUUAUGAAUUUUGAAGCCCAAAUAAAGUCAAUGGAAUUUUAUCUGUAAAGGGCUUGUCACAGUACACAUUGUUUUAACCCUCUGAUGCUCUUCGGCUAUUUUUGACCAACAAAAAUG